CCUGCAUCGCAUGCGGUUAACUUGUGCUCCAACAAAGUCUGAAACCCGAAACACGACUGCCAGGGGGGGCCGUCAACCACAACCAAACCUGACUGUCUCUGCGUUCGACUUUUCUUUUUUUUCCCCCUCUCCCCAGACGUCGACCGCGGCCGUGGUGGUGACAUAUUUCGUGGCUUGAUCGAAAAGAGGAAAGAAAAGAAAAGAAAACACAAAGAGCGACCAACGUGCAGCCAGCCAGCCAGCCACAUCACCGAAAAACUUACACGGGGGGCGAGGCUGAACCUCCGCAACUCCGGAAACGCCCAACUCAACUCCCAACGUCAACACCACCACCUGGCAUCACCACCAACCGAAACCCCCUACACUCCGAAUCAUCAGGUCGGGGACGCAAGGCAAAUAGACAGGGAGAGUUUACGCCAACCGUGCUCCCUGAACCCCCCUCCCCGUGUCCCCGCAACGCACAACAACAAUCUCAUCAUGGCCGGCGCACCAAGCGAUCAGGCCACCGCCGCCGCCGCUUCUUCUUCCAUGUCACCUCCCCCUCCACCACCCCCCUCAUCCACCCUCCGCCCCCUGCGACACGUCUACACCGCGCACGACCCGCACGCCAACACCGCCGUCUUCACCAAGAUCCGCCGCGGCGACCCCACGCCCCGCGACGGCGGCCGCCUCGCCGUCGACGACGUCUACGCCGCGUCUACCCUCUCCGGCGCACCCGGCCGCGUCCUCGCUCCCGGCGGCGGCGGGCACCCGCACUUUCACCAUCACGACGAUGACGACGGCUACGACGACGGGAACGACGGGGACGAUGCGCGGGAAAGUCGUCAGCGGUCCACCACCUGCGGCGUGCUCUCCGCCGGCGUGGCUAGUCCCGGCGGGGGCACCGUCUGCCGCGUCGUGGACAUUGCGCCGGGCCACGAGUGCAUGACGCACCGCGGCAGCUCGUCUUCAUCGUCAUCAUCAUCAUCAUUACCAUCAUCAGCGUCAUUAUUACCGUGUAACGGUGACGGGGGCCGUGCUGCGGGCCCCUCCAACGGCGUCGUCGGCGUCCGGAGUAGCGGUGGUGUCGGUGGUGGUGGAAGCGACACGGCGGCCAUGAACAUCGACUACGCCAUCGUCGUCGACGGCGAAAUCACCCUCCGGCUCGACUCGGGCGCCGAGACGGUCCUGGGCAGGGGCGACGUGGCCGUCCAGCGCGCGGGGAGGCACACGUGGCGCAACGACGGGGGCGCGACAAAGGACGCCUGGGCGCGCAUGGUGCUCGUGCUGCAGGACUGCCGGGCGCCGGCGCCAUCGUUUUCUUCGUCGUUGGCGAGCGGUGGCGGCGGCGGCACGAUGGGGGUGGACUGGGACGCGGGCAUGCGGUUUCGGUAGCAGGGAAAGGGGUAAUGGAGGUAGCGGUGGUGGGCGUGAGUUGGUGAAGUCGGACGGAGCGUCUGAUGUUCUUGAAUGUGGGAUGAGCAAGGUAGAGAGGGUGGGGGUGCGAGGCAAGCAUAGCGAGCGGGUUUUGGAUGCUUCGAAUUCGAUAUGAUGCAUGGCCGGCGACUCUGGCGGGUGAAGGGGGCGUGCAUGUUACGUCUCUCGAGGAUGUAGCCGAGUCAGACUCCGACGUUGACUUGCUACAUGUAGAGAACAGCGUGACGGAAUUCUGAUUCGAUUCCGCCUUGUACUUGCGCCGGCAUUUGCAUGUCAUGUAGCUCCAUAUCUUGAUGCCCGGCCGUCUGACACCACGGCUUCUAUACCCCCAUCUCCAUCUGUCACCGAUAACACGAUACCAGUUUCAUCUCUACAGAUAAAUACAAGUAUACAGCCA